AGCGCCGGGCACUCCACGCCCUAUAGGAUUUAUUUUUUUUUAAAGCGGCGGGUGGGCAGCUUCAUCUUCCCUGCAGUCAAAGCCUUUUGCAUGCGUUCUCUCUAGCUUCGCCCGAUUAGUCAACGCGAACAAGGCAGCCGUAUCCAGAACUCGGGAGGGCGAAAACCGUUAAAAGCGCAGUGAAUGGCUUUUCACCUUCGCAAUUAAAUCAGGGGGUGGAUUCUCAGCAACCGUUACUUCCCCACCAUGUGUGACGUACAGCGUGCCUUCAUUGGCGGAGACAGCAAGGUGCUCGGUUGCGAUUGGUAGGAGCAGAAUGGGUGGGCGGGGCUCAGGCGGAGAAUGUUGUGGUAAGCUCUGGAAGAUUCCUCCGCCUGCCAUAUAAAUAACGCGUGGGGGACGCGGGCGGCUGUUGUCGAAGUAGAGAGUCUAGCUAGGCUGGUGAGGACGUGGCGGGAGCGGAUUAGGGCCGGGCGCGAUGGGGAAAGACUACUACCGCAUAUUGGGCCUGUCCCGUGGGGCGAGCGAGGAGGAUAUUAAGAAGGCGUAUCGCAAGCAGGCGCUGCGUUACCACCCGGACAAGAACAAAGACCCCGGCGCUGAGGAGCGCUUCAAGGAGAUCGCCGAGGCUUACGAUGUGCUGAGCGACCCCAAGAAACGCGACAUCUUCGACAAGUUUGGCGAGGAGGGAUUAAAAGGAGGUGGUCCCAGCAGUAGUGGAGGAGGCGGUCCGAAUGGUACUACAUUCACGUACACCUUCCAUGGAGAUCCUCAUGCCAUGUUUGCAGAAUUCUUUGGUGGGCGUAAUCCAUUCGAUACCUUUUUUGUCCAGAGGAAUGGAGAUGAUGACAUGGAUGUUGAUGACCCUUUUGCAACGUUUCAGAACUUUGGCAACAUUGGCUUUUCUCGUGCUCGUGGGGGCCAUGAAAACAUGCGCAAGAAACAAGACCCUCCUAUCAAUCAUGACUUGAGAGUAUCUUUAGAGGAAAUUUACACAGGAUGCACCAAGAAAAUGAAAAUUUCUCACAAACGUCUCAAUCCUGAUGGGAAAAGCACACGAAAUGAGGAUAAAAUUUUAACAAUUGAAGUCAAACGUGGAUGGAAAGAAGGAACAAAAAUUACAUUCCCCAAAGAAGGAGACCAAACUCCAAACAACAUUCCAGCAGAUAUUGUCUUUGUUUUAAAGGACAAGCCACACAGCAUUUUUAAGAGAGAUGGGUCUGAUAUUGUAUACCCAGCCAAGAUCAGCCUCCGUGAGGCUCUGUGUGGCUGCACUGUGAACACACCAACACUAGAUGGUAGGACCAUACCAAUGGUAAUCAAGGAUAUUGUUAAACCUGGAAUGAAGCGAAGAAUUCCUGGAGAAGGCCUUCCAUUCCCCAAGAGUCCAAACCAGCGGGGCGAUCUUAUUAUUGAGUUUGAUGUAAGAUUUCCAGACAGAAUUCCACAGUCUUCCAAAAGUGUCCUAGAACAGAUCUUGCCAAUAUAGUAAGACUGUCUGAUGUGGACUGAAAUGCCUCAAGAGCAGAGGAGUUUGGACUGUAAUAAGGAUUUCAGGGUCUCUUUUGGCAGGGGGUAGGGAAGUAACUUCAUGUUGCUAAAAGUUUUCCAGAAAAUCCAAAUGUUGCAAGUUUUUAAUAUUGCACUUGUCAGUGACUCUAGCCUCGGGUUGUCAUUGUUCAGAGCAUUUGUACCAGUGAACAAGCUACUGAUGGAAUUGGCGGAACAUCUCAUAAUUAUAUGGGGAUGACAACUAGUCAUAACUCUUGCCUUCGUUUGACUGACUCCAGUUGGCAUAUGUCAUGUAGGUUCUCCAUUGGAAAGAAUGAGACUAAAACCUAAACUGGACUUUAAAGUAAACUUCUCCAAUCUCUUGC